AGCUACUACUUAAUCAUUGAUAUAGCCACAGUGAUAACACCUACUACUACAACUUCUACAAAUCUUUACGAAGACUACUAGCAAUAACUAUAGUUAUUGCUACUACAACUUGCUAUUGUUGCCACUGACUACCUAUCACGACUCUUCUUUUCUACUACGCGGGGCAUAUCCUGCUGUCGAACUAUCACCUUGCGCGUCGGCAUCAUGAGUCUACGGACUCUGGAUCAACAGCAGGCUAUGGCUAAAGCUCAUAGCCAUCGGGAGGAGCAGCAAGCUGCUUUGCUCAAGUCAUCCUUGAAUGACAUUUUGCAGGAUCCGUCUAUCACCCCUCGAGAUAAGAUGCUUCUUCAGAUGAGGGGCUCGGCUGAAAGUAAUUGCCGACGGAGGGCAUCACACUUGCGAAAUGUUCCUUACGAAACACUUGAUCAUUUGGGCAGCACCCUCAACUUUCUAAAAAACAUACAACUUUGCAUGAACAAAUCCAUGGCGUUGUAUAUUUUUGACAAGCGUCAGCGUUCCUACCCUCACUGCGGUUUCCCGGAUAUCGAGAGCUGGCUAUGGAGACAGUGGUUCAAGCCAUAUGAGUCCGAUUUAACACUGCUCCAUUACUUUUGUGAGAUUUUCGACGUCAAAUACAAUACGAACCUCGCUGAGGCAGAGUUCAGUCCUGAGAAAUUGGUCGCUUUUCAUUGCAAUAUCUACGAACAAGCCCAGAGAAGAUUAGAUAUUUGGUCGAAUACUGUUGCCUCCCCUGAUGACGAGAAAGACGAAUCGGUGAUUCAUGGGCCCUUGCGAGCAGAGCCUUGGCCAUUGAAAGCGCUAGACUACGUACUUGAUUCCAUCUGGAGACUGACUUUUGCCGUACGACCGCUAUACCGGGCCAUAUUCAUAGCGUUAUCUCAGGACAAUAUGUUUCAAAGGACCCCCCUGGAAGUCUUCGAAAUCAAGGUCCAAGUCGUAUUGACGGGUAUGACGGAAGGCUUGAGCGCACCGAUUUCUCUCGAUGAACUACGGGACGAGGCGGUAGAUGGAUCUUACCGCCCAGGCGCCACGGCUAUCACGACAAGACUGGGCGUCGCCGUCCGCUUCAUCAUGCGACUCGAAGAACGCGAAAAGGCGGCGAACGGCGGAGUCUUCUACCCCAACGUCACCAAGGCGGGUAUUCAUAAAUGGUAUCGCCGUGAGGCUGAGAAACUCGGCUGGGAUGAAAAGCGAGACGGGAGCCUUGACGACCUGGCGCCUAACAGCUGCGAGUGGGUUAACCGCGACAUUUUCAAGAAAUGGGUGGGCGAGGGCGCGGAAGAAACGCUGAGAUUCGCUUUCUCAGGCGCAUCACGACAACAAAACCUCAUAGAAGAGUUGGAAGAGAACUGGUGGUGGGAUCGCGAUAUGCUCCCUGAACUGCCUGCGGAAAGAAGCUCCUUGAAUGCACGCAGAGUCCCCUUCGCUACGCUCGUGGUGCUCUUUGGUACACAUUCCCUAUGUGUUAUACUGGGACUCCUAUUGGGCUUGGUCUACCAUUGGGGCUUGAGCUAAUCACUACACCUGCAUGUCAGGCUGGCCAUGCCUGGCUACAAUUGGAAGCUGCAUAUGUGUGAAGAGGGGCACUUCAAGCUUU